CACUGUUUCUCUUCUUACACCUCACACACACCUCUCUCCUCGCCGAGAAUGGCUGAUCGAACAAACCCUAGCAGCUACACUCAACAAAGACCCAUCUACAACUCAACCACCACCGUCCCACGGAGUAACACCACCACCACCAGCCACCCCCUCUCAUCUCUUCUCCGUCAGCUACUACAGUCACAGUCUCCUAAUUACUCCGGUCAGCUCUUCGGAUUGCUCGCAUUCUUCAUCUCCGGUGGAAUCCUCCUUUUACUCACCGGAGUCACCGUCACCGCUUCUGUCCUAGGAUUAAUUGCUCUCCUCCCAGUCAUCAUUAUCACAAGCCCUAUUUGGAUCCCUUUGUUCAUCCUUGUCACAGGAUUCUUGUCCCUAGCCGGGUUCCUCUUUGCUACGGGGGCUUUUGUAACGUGGUUGUAUCGAUAUUUCAAAGGCAUGCAUCCCAUCGGGUCGGAUCAGGUGGAUUAUGCUCGGAGUCGAAUCCAUGACACGGCGGCUCAUGUCAAAGAUUAUGCUGGUGGGUACUUCCAUGGUACGCUGAAAGAUGCAGCACCUGGUGCAUGAAGGGUUAAUUAAACCUCACGGUUUGCUCUCAUUUAGAAACUACACGUUUUCUAUUCCCCUUAAUUUUUUUUAUGUUCUUGGUGUAAAUGUUAUGUGUUCCCCUUAAUUUGACUGUUUCCUAUGUUUGUUCUCUUUCUCUCUUGGUAUGAUCAAUAAUGGUCGUUGUUUGUAUGAAUGUCACUUUAAACAACAACAACAGCAAAAAGGGGAGAAUUUGUGUUUAUUUA